ACCCUCUCUGCUCUCUCAUCAGCAGCAGCAGCCCCGCCUCGCGAACCGCUGGCUGGUUCACCUCCAACACAACCCGCAUCUGGCUGUCACACAACACCGCUCCCGCUCCGUCCGGUGCCGCCGCGGCAUGCUCAUAUUCACACCGGGACACACGGAGUGGACUUUAACCAGAGGAGCACUAUGUCUGAAGUGCGAAAAUUCACAAAGAGGCUCAGCAAACCCGGGACGGCCGCGGAAGUCAGGCAGAGCGUGUCGGAGGCUGUGAGGAGCACCGUGGACCUUGUGGAGCAGCCAAAGAUUAUCGAGCCACUGGACUAUGAGGCUGUGGUGUUUCAGAGAAAGGCCCAGAUACACAGUGACCCCCACAGAGACCUGCUGCUCUGCCCUGUGGACGAUGUCUCGGAGUCCCAGAUUUCCCGUCAGAGGAGGACUGUUGUACCCUCGGUGCCCCAGAAUGCUGAGCGAGAGGCCAGGAGUCUAUUUGCCAAAGAGUGCAUCAAGAUGUACAACACCGACUGGCACGUAAUCAACUACAAAUAUGAGGCUUACUCUGGUGACUUCCGCAUGUUGCCGAGCAAAGGCCUGAAGACAGACAAGCUGCCAGCUCACGUGUUUGAGAUCGAUGAAGACGCCAAAGACGAGGACUCAUCAUCGAUUUGCUCCCAGAGGGGAGGCAUCAUGAAGCAGGGCUGGCUGCAGAAAGCCAACAUCAACAGCAGCCUGUCUGUCUCCAUGAGGGUGUUCAAAAGGAGGUACUUCUACUUGUCUCAGCUCCCUGACGGCUCCUACAUCCUCAACUCCUACAAGGAUGAGAAGAACUGCAAGGAAACCAAAGGUUCCAUCUACCUGGACUCCUGCAUAGAAGUGGUUCAGAGUCCUAAGAUGCGCCGUAAUGGCUUCGAACUGAAGAUGCAAGACCGCUACAGCCACUUCCUGGCUGCAGACAGCGAAGCAGAGAUGGAGGAGUGGGUGGCCACGUUGAAACAGGCUCUGCAGAGCAGCACUGAGGCCGGCCAAGACAGGAGGAACGGUACAGAGUCACUGGACUGUGCCUUGGAUGACGACACUUCCAGCCAAGGUAAAGGUGAGAGCCUGCUGGAGAGUCUGGGGAGGAGCUUACACCCUGAACUUAUGAAGUACGCCAGGGAGACAGACCAGCUCAAUAAGAUCAACAGGAAUGAGGGAAGACAAAAGCUUUUCUCUCUGGAUCCUGAAACGCAGAGGCUGGACUUCUCAGGCAUCGAGCCAGACGUGAAGCCAUUCGAGGAGCGUUUUGGCCGACGAAUUGUGGUCAGCUGCCACGACCUGACCUUCAGUCUCCAGGGCUGCGUUAGUGAGAAGGGUGACGGCGUCCUCACCAAUGUGGAACCGUUCUUCAUCAGCCUCGCCCUCUUUGACGUCUCCAAGAGUUGCAAGAUAUCGGCCGACUUCCACAUCGACCUCAACCCGCCCUGCGUCAGGGAGAUGCUGACCGACGCCUCGGGCCAGCUCUCCCCUUUGUCAGACUCAGACGGUGGUGGAGGUGGAGGAGGAGUCGGAGGGGGAGGAGGAGGAGUGAUGGUGAACGGAGACUCUGGGAAAGGGAACGGCCUGCCUGUUCUUCAGAGGGUGUCGGAGGCUCUGCUGCGCUUCCCUACACAGGGUAUCUUUUCAGUAACCAACCCUCAUGCAGAUAUCUUCCUGGUGGCCCGUGUGGAGAAGGUGUUACAGAACGGCAUCACCCACUGUGCCGAGCCGUACAUCAAGACAUCAGACAUCAACAAGACUGCUCAGAAGGUGCUCAAAGCUGCCAAGCAGACAUGCCAGCGCUUGGGCCAGUACAGGAUGCCAUUUGCCUGGGCUGCCAAGCAGGUGUUCAAAGAUGCUCAGGGCAGCCUGGACAUGGAUGGGAAGUUUUCCCCUCUCUACCGCCAGGACAGCGGCAAAAUCUCCACUGAUGACAUCAUCAAGCUGCUGGCCGAGAUCAGGAAACCCGAGAAGAGCAAACUACAGACAAUCCCUGGACAGCUGAAUGUCACCAUUGAGUGUGUCCCACCUGACUUCUCAAAUACGGUGACUUCCUCUUACAUUCCUGUCAAGCCCUUCGAAGACGGCUGUGAGCGGGUGUCAGUGGAGAUCGAAGAGUUCCUCCCUGAGGAGGCUAAAUACAACUACCCCUUCACCACCUACAAGAACCAACUCUACAUCUACCCCCUGCAGCUCAAGUACGACAACCAGAAGACCUUCACCAAGGCAAGAAACAUUGCAGUCUGCAUCCAGUUCAGAGAUUCAGAUGAGGAAGGUGCAGUCCCUUUAAAGUGCAUCUACGGCAAGCCGGGAGACUCACUCUUCACCAGCAGCACCUAUGCAGCCGUCCUGCACCACAACCAGAGCCCAGAGUUCUACGACGAGGUAAAGAUUGAGCUGCCAGUCCAUGUGCAUGAGAAACACCACAUCCUCUUCACCUUUUACCAUAUCAGCUGUGAGUCCAGCAGCAAGGCCAGUAGCAAGAAGAGGGAGGGAGUGGAGUCACUGGUGGGUUACUCCUGGAUGCCUUUGCUAAAAGAUGGGAGAAUGCAGUCAUUAGAACCUCAGCUAUCUGUAGCCGCCACCCUGCCUGCUGGAUACCUGUGUCAGGAUACCAGAAAGUCCCAACCAGACAUCAAGUGGGUGGAAAAUGCCAAGACACUGUUCAAAGUGAGGACCCAUGUAGCAUCAACAAUAUAUGCUCAGGACCUGCAUCUACACAAAUUCUUCCAGCACUGCCAGCUGAUGAGGACGACGUCAGAGGGCAACCCAGCAGAACUGAUCAAAUACCUGAAGUGCCUGCAUGCCAUGGAGACUCAUGUCAUCAUAAACUUCCUACCAACAGUGCUGAUGCAGCUGUUUGAGGUGCUCACAGCAGCCAAUAAAGAAGCCCAUGAGAUUGCUGUCAACUCUCUGCGUGUGAUCAUACAUAUAGUCUCCAGAUGUCACGAGGAAGGACUGGAGCACUACCUGCGCUCUUUUGUCAAGUAUGUGUUUGUGACCAACAACCCUGCGUCAGGAAACUCAGCGACCACACACGAGGUGCUGGCCACCGCCGUCACAGCCAUCCUCAAGCAAACUGCCGAUUUCAACACCAGCAAUAAACUGCUCAAGUACUCCUGGUUCUUUUUUGAAACCAUGGCCAAAUCCAUGGCCCAGUACUUGCAAGACGGGAACCGCAUGAAGAUGCCUCGGGCCCAACGCUUCCCCGACAGUUUCCACCAGGCGCUCCAGUCCUUGGUGUUGUCGGUCAUGCCCCACAUCACCAUCCGCCACAUGGAAAUCCCAGAGGAAGCUCGCUGCAUCAACCUCAGCCUGGCCAGUUUCAUCAAGAGGUGCCUGACUUUCAUGAACAGGGGCUUUGCCUUCGGCCUGGUCAAUCAUUACAUGUGUCAUUUCGGCCUCAAAGAUCCCAAGGUGCUGAAUGAAAUGAAAUUCGAUUUCCUGAUGACUGUGUGUAACCACGAGCACUUCAUCCCUCUUAACCUGCCCAUGGCUUUUGGGCGCACCAAGCUGCAGAGGGUGCAAGAGCAGAGUCUGGAGUUCAGCCUGACGGAGGAAUACUGUCGCAACCACUUCCUGGUGGGUCUGCUGCUGAGGGAAGUGGCUGAGGCCCUGCAGCAGGGGCCGGAGGUCAGGCAGCUGUCCGUGAGCGUUCUCAAGAAUCUUCUUAUCAAACACGCCAUGGACGACCGCUACACGGCCUUUAAGAAUCAGCAGGCCAGGAUUUGUUUGCUGUACCUUCCUCUUUUUGAGCUGCUCUACCAGAACCUGAAGCAGCUAUCUGCCCAGCCGCACACCUCCAGCCCCGGGCUCGGCCUCAACGGCUCCAGAGAUGACCUUAUAUCAACCAGCUCUGCAGACAGCAGGAGAAUCAGCACUGCAAUUGAGAAAGACCACGGUCUGCUUGCUCAGAAUGGCCAUGUUGUGAGGAGAGAGGACUCCAGAGGCUCUCUGUUUAUGGACCCGGGGACACCGGACAGCAUCGAGCUGCAGAGGCGUGGCUCCACCAUGAGCAGCAGCCCUAUGCCCCCCAUCGGCCGACUGGGACAGUACGAAAUCAAAGGCCUCCUGCUCUCUUUCCUGCACAUCAUCAAGACCUUGUCAGAGGACACACUCACAGCCUACUGGAAUAAAGUCAGCCCACAAGACAUCAUGAACUUCCUCAGUAUGCUUGAGACUUGCCUGGUUCAGUUUCGUUACAUUGGAAAGAGGAGCAUUGGCAGGAGUCAGGAUGUUUGUGUAUCCAAGCUGUUCUCUUCAGAGAGGAAGUCUCAGACGAUGCCGGCCAUGCGCUGCAACCGAGCCAGUCUCAUGCAGACUAAGAUACACCAGUUCAGCACUAUGGAAGCCUCCCUCACUCUCAAUAUAGGGACGGGGCCAUCAGAGGCAGAAAUCCACCAUCAGGCUCUGCUUGAGGGCAACAUCUCCACUGAGGUCUGCCUGAGCGUUCUGGAUGUCCUGGCUCUUUUCACUCAGUGCUUCAAGACCCAGCUCCUGGACAGCGAAGGUCACAACCCCCUGAUGAAGAAGGUCUUCGACGUUUACCUGACCUUCCUCAAAGUUGGCCAAUCAGAAGCCGCCCUCAGACAUGUAUUCGCAGCUCUCAGGGCUUUCAUCAACAAGUUCCCGUCAGUGUUGUUCAAGGGCCGUGUGACACUGUGCGAGGCUCUGUGCUGCGAGGUGCUCAAGUGCUGUGUCUCCAAGCUGGGCUCUCUGAGGGCCGAGGCCUCCGCCCUGCUCUACCUGCUGAUGAGAAACAACUACGAGUACACCAAGAGGAAGACCUUCCUACGCACACACCUGCAGAUUAUCAUAGCGGUAAGCCAGCUCAUCUCUGAUGUGGCGCUGACCGGCAGUUCGCGCUUCCAGGAGUCUCUCUCCAUCAUCAACAACUUUGCAAACAGCGAUAAGGCCAUGAAGAGCACGGCAUUCCCCUCGGAGGUGAAGGGACUUACCAAGCGGAUCCGUACAGUGCUGAUGGCCACAGCCCAGAUGAGAGAGCAUGAGAAAGACCCAGAGAUGCUGCUGGACCUCCAGUACAGCCUGGCCCGGUCCUACGCCAGCACCCCUGAACUGAGACGGACAUGGCUGGACAGCAUGGCCCGAGCGCACCUCAAGAAUGGAGAUCUCUCUGAGGCGGCCAUGUGCUACGUUCAUGUGGCUGCUCUGGUUGCAGAAUACCUGCACAGGAAAAAGCUGUUCCCCAGCGGCCUUGCAGCUUUCAAGAGGAUCACCCUAAAUAUUGACGAGGAGGCCGCCAUGAAGGAAGACACUGGAAUGCAAGAUGUCUAUUAUACUGAGGAAGUCUUGGUGGAACACCUCGAGGUCUGUGUGGAGGCACUGUGGAAAGCCGAACGCUAUGAGCUCAUCACUCACAUUGCCAAACUCAUUAUCCCCAUUUAUGAGAAGCGCCACGAAUAUGAGAAACUAAGCCGGCUGUACGACACUCUGCACAGAGCGUACAACAAGAUAAUGGAGGUGAUGCAAUCAGGCCGCAGGCUGCUGGGGACAUACUUCAGAGUGGCUUUUUAUGGCCAGGGUUUCUUUGAGGAGGAGGACGGGAAGGAGUACAUUUACAAAGAGCCCAAGCUGACUGGCCUGUCCGAAAUCUCUCAGCGGCUGCUGACGCUCUACGGGGAGAAGUUUGGGCAGGAAAAUGUCAAGAUAAUUCAGGACUCCAACAAGGUAAACCCCAAAGACCUGGACCACAAAUUCGCCUACGUCCAGGUGACGUUCGUCAAGCCUUACUUUGAGGAGAAGGAGGCGCCGGAGAAGAAAACUGACUUCGAGAAGUGCCACAACAUCAACCGCUUUGUGUUCGAGACGCCGUACACGCUGUCGGGCAAAAAGCACGGCGGGGUGGAGGAGCAGUGCAAGAGGAGGAUCGUGCUCACAACUGCCAACUCCUUCCCAUACGUGAAGAAGCGCGUGGAGGUGGUGGGGGAGAAGCAGGUGGAGCUUAAGCCAGUGGACGUGGCCAUAGAUGAGAUGAAGGCGCGGACAGCGGAACUGACUAAACUCUGCUCCAGCCAGGAAGUGGACAUGAUCCAACUGCAGCUCAAAUUGCAGGGCUGCGUCUCUGUGCAGGUGAAUGCAGGUCCUAUGGCCUAUGCCAGAGCAUUCCUAGAUGACAGUAAAACCAACCAGUCUGGUAACAAGAAAGUAAAAGACCUGAAGGACAUUUUCAGGCGUUUUGUCGAGGCUUGCAGCAUGGCUCUGGACAUAAACGAACGCCUAAUCAAAGAAGACCAGUUUGAGUACCACGAGGGCCUGAAGGCUAACUUCAAAGAGAUGGUUAAGGAACUAUCAGACAUCAUCCAUGAACAGAUCUACCAGGAGGAUAUGAUGCGCUCGCUGCUACAAAACUCGCUUCAUGUGUUUCGUGCCAUCAGCGGGACGUCCACCGACCUGGGCUGACCUCUGUCCCGAAAGCCUCCCUCUGCCCCAGCCCCCACCCCUUACGUAUAUCCUCUCAUUUCCCCCUCAAGGACCUAGACCUGAUGAUAACAGGGGAGGCUCUAAGUCUACGCUUGCAUACCCCCCCCCCACCCACACCACUGUCCGGCUGUCUUCUGCACCUCUGCGGAGCGGCCGGGGUGAAGGAUCGCAGCAGAGCAUUUGGAUAUAAUAUUCAAACCACAGCAGCAGUGUUUUUUAGAAUGUAUCACAGCAACACCAACUGAAUGUCAGCAUGUCAGGUUCAGGUGUUAUGCUGAGUCAUGCUAGGUUGCAUUGCACUUUUUUUUUUUUUAAUCUGCCUUGUUGACAAACUGCAGGAUUGACUGUUGUUCCUCUAGAGAGAGAUACUGUAGAGCAUUUUCUUUUUCCUCCUCUCUCUGCAAUGUUUCACCUCAGAACUAUGCAGGACACAACACUCUCUCCAAACAUUUUACGACUUGAGUCAACUUUUAGAAGACAAUAGCAUCUCUCCAUGUUGUUUAGUGUGUUUCUAGCAGGGCAAUCAAUACCCCAACUCAACCGGUUCUGUUGUAAGAGACGUUCAAACCAAAAGCAUUGAGAUAUAAGCCAAGAGUUAGUGUUUAUAGGACGGCAGCACAUUCCAGCCAGGUUGACAGAAUGUGAUAAACAGAUAAGUCACGUCCAUAGAGCAGCAGCUUAGAGUGAGCGCUGGGCCAAAGUUACAUCCCUGUUUGUUUAAGGACAAAUGUAAAAUCCUCCUCAGUCUGUUCCAAAGUUAAAUAGAGGAAGAGACAGACCUCAGGGUAUUAAAGCUGUGUCACAACGCUGCUCUUAAGAGGGGUGUGCGUAGUUUCAAAGUAGCUCAAUUAUGUUGUAUAUGUAAGAAAAAAAAUCUAUUGGUUAUAACAAUCUGUUUAAGGUGAUGAAUAAUGUCAAACCAGAAAAGAUUAUGAUUACAAAUUCUAUCAGAGCUUUGUAACAAUCAUUAAAAACUGUAUUCUGUGCGGGCUUAUCAAACACUGAUCACGGCAGUGUGAUAAUAUUUACUUCAACAGUGAGUAAGUGACGAGUUCCUCUGGUUUAGAUCCAGUGCCUUCAUGCUCUGCCUUCUGAAAAGACUCCUUUAUCUCAAUCGAUACGAACCAUCACGUGCUGGUUAUUCACAGUAUUUCACAAGUGCUACACUGAAAUUAGCAGAUAGAUGAAUAAUAUUUAAGCAGAUGUACAUAGUUUGUUCUCAUGCUGUAAAUUGAAUUCUGUAUCCAUGUAUGUUUGUACGUACUGUAUGUAUGUAUUUAUAUUUGUAACAUUUUGGACUCUUGUCCGGUCCAGAGUAUGUCCUAGCAGAGAGAUUUUUUUUCCCCCCCCCCCAUUUUUACUGCGUUGUAUACUGAACUGCUGCUGCCUGUCAAACUUACUUUGUAAAGCCUUUUUCCAAUAAAACCUGGAAAAGCUA